AUGAUCAAAAACGGUCACCACGCCACGGACGACCAACAGGACGAAGCCGGUUGCAGUAAGCCGGGUAGUUCAGUGCGCAGCCCGGAGAAAAGGAAGCGCGUCGUCCGGUUGUGGUGUGACGGUUGUUAUGACAUGGUACACUAUGGUCACUCCAACCAGCUACGGCAGGCCAAAGCCAUGGGAGAUUACCUCAUAGCUGGAGUCCAUACAGAUGCGGAGAUUUCCAAACACAAAGGUCCUCCAGUCUUCACUCAGGAAGAACGCUACAAAAUGGUACGGGCAAUCAAGUGGGUGGAUGAGAUAGUAGAAGGAGCACCUUACGUCACCACCCUGGAGACUCUGGAUAAAUACAACUGUGACUCCUGUGUGCAUGGAGAUGACAUCACGCUGACUGUAGAUGGCAAAGACACAUAUGAAGAGGUGAAGCGUGCAGGCCGGUACCGGGAAUGUAGACGCACACAGGGUGUCUCCACCACUGACCUGGUGGGACGUAUGCUUCUCAUGACCAAAGCCCAUCACAGCAACAUGGAUAACCCAGAUUACCAGCAGCAUACAGACAACUUUGGAAAGGGUCCUAAAGGCCACAGUCCCUGGACAGGAGUGUCUCAGUUCCUCCAGACGUCCCAGAAAAUCAUCCAGUUUGCCUCAGGAAAGGAGCCGCAGCCUGGAGACACCAUCAUCUAUGUGGCUGGAGCAUUUGACCUCUUCCACAUCGGCCAUGUUGACUUUCUAGAGAUGGUGUAUAAACAGGCAGAGAGGCCCUACGUCAUCGUAGGUCUGCACUUUGAUCAGGAAGUGAAUCGGUACAAGGGGAAGAACUAUCCAAUCAUGAACAUCCACGAGAGAACGCUGAGUGUCUUGGCCUGUCGGUACGUGUCGGAGGUGGUGAUCGGUGCACCCUAUGCAGUGGGCAAAGACCUGCUGGAUCACUUUAAGGUCGAUCUGGUGUGCCAUGGUAAGACGGAGGUGUUUUCUGACAAGGAUGGGUCAGACCCUUACGCGGAGCCUAAGAAGAGAGGGAUAUUCAGGACCAUCGACAGUGGAAACAACCUCACCACUGAUGACAUUGUCCAGAGGAUCAUUGAAAACAGGCUGCAGUUUGAAGCCAGGAACCAGAAAAAGGAGGCCAAGGAGAUGGCGGUGAUUGAGGCAAUGAAGAAGAGAGACCAGCAGGAGCAGAGUGAAGCUGCAGCCCAGACUGCUCACUAGUGAGACCUCCAGCCUGGGCCCAACUGGUUCUGUGUCUGAUCUACUCCUAGUACUCAGCUUUAAAGAGGGUGGACACAACUGACCCAGACAGAUGUUGUCCUAAACCAGGCCUGGCUUUGGAUAAAAUGACCCCGGUUUCCCUUUUGGUCUCUAGUAGUCCACUGGGUGCAGAAUCCUGCUUUUAACAUUUGGUGAGGCAGUGUGUCCCACACACUGCUGGGUUAGCUCCUCUCAGCUCUCUUGUAUAUGGACUACUCCAGCCUAAAUGGGAUUAGAUUAGAUCUGCCUUGACAAGAACACAAAGAAUCCAAACACAUAACACAUACUAUGACUUUUAACCAACAAAAUCCCUUUACACAUCUCAUCCUCCACAGACAACUUUAUUUUUAUCUUCUUUCAUGUUGUACGUAUGAUUGUGUCCAUGAAUUUACACACUGCGUGUCCCUGUAUAGGUGUUUAAACUGGUAUAUUAAGUUUGUAAUUAUCCAUAAUUUAUUGACAAAAUGUUAACAUCAUUGUUAGUUAUGUUUUUAGAUUUUAAACCAAAUUAGUUUUUAAUGAUCAGUCUUAGAGGUGGUAGCAGUAAGGUUGAAUAUUUUUAAUACAUUUAGAAAAUGUAGAUUAAUUUCAAUUUCUGUGUUUUUGUCUUGCCUAAAAAAAACAUAAUUUCUACGUUAAAUCAUCCGUGAAGUAGUCUUCUAAUUUUAACUCUGGAUUUUAACUGCCUGAAUUUGCACCGAACG